UCUUCAGCAGUUUCUACUUCACCUUCAGCAGGUGAUUCAUCUUCAGCAGUUUCUGCUUCAACUUCAGCAGCUUCUGCUUCAUCUUCAGCUGUUUCUGCGUCAACUUCAGCAGUUUCUACUUCGCCUUCAGCAGGUGAUUCAUCUUCAGCAGUUUCUGCUUCACCUUCAGCAGUUUCUGCUUCACCUUCAGCAGUUUCUGCUUCACCUUCAGCAGUUUCUACUUCACCUUCAGCAGCUGCUUCAUCUUCAGCAGUUUCUGCUUCAACUUCAGCAGUUUCUGCUUCAACUUCAGCAGUUUCUGCUUCACCUUCAGCAGUUUCUACUUCACCUUCAGCAGGUGAUUCAUCUUCAGCAGUUUCUGCUUCAUCUUCAGCUGUUUCUGCGUCAACGUCAGCAAUUUCUGCCUCCCCUUCAGCAGUUUCUGAUUCAUCUUUAGCAGCUUCUGUUUCCCCUUCAGCAGUUUCUGCUUCAUCUUCAGCUGUUUCUGCGUCAACUUCAGCAGUUUCUGUCUCCCCUUCAGCAGUUUCUACUUCACCAUCAGUCGCUGGUGGUUCGUCUUCAUCUUCAGCAGUCACUGCUUCCCCAUCAAUUGUUACUACUUCCCCUUCCUCAGUAAUUGCUACGUCUACACCUUCUGCUGCUGCUUGUUCGUCAGCUUCCUCAGUGUCCUCUUUUUCUCCGUCAGCAGCUAGUUCGUCUUCUUCAACAGCUGCUUCUUCACCCUCAGCCACCGGAGCCUCCUCCUCCUCCCCUUCGUCUGCGUUUGCUUCCAUCUCGGCGCCCUCCUGUCCCUCCCCUGCCCCGGCCAGCGCGUCCGCAAGACUGUCUCUGAGCAGCGACAGUUCCGCCGUCGUGCCGAGUCCUUCGUCGCGCGAGUGA